AUGAUGCCCCAACCAAGGUCUGCCAACACGAGCUGGCGUAAUCCUCCAGCCUUGGAAGACCAGUCACACUCCCAAGGUAGCAUGUGUCUUUCUUCCCAAGAAAAUUUCCUCCGAGUUCUGGAGGAUUUGCAGGACGUCGAUUUUCAGUCUACCAAAAACAACCGCUUGUCUCCUAUAAUGGAAGCAUUACACCCUCGAGAUCCGUUGCAGCACCCCACAGACAUAGCAGACCCCGGAGACUUACAUUCCCAGCUGGUGUUUGAAGAUCCACCACUGCUACAGCAUAGGAGCCCCACAGAGCACGCAAUUGCAUCCGCGUCCCAAGAACCUCCUGUCCAAAGCCACGGAGUAUUCACUCGUCCUGACUAUGAGAAUCCAACCGACAUGAUGGCUCAAAACUUUCGAUUUAAAGCCAAAAGCCAGAACCCACCCCCAAAGUCCAUGCACAUGGGUAUAAGAGCAGAUGGGGAUCCAGCUUCCCACGGUCCAGUUUCUUACACACAAACCGAUGCCAUAACCGGGGAGAUGCAGCCCAAUCAGUCUCCUAGAAUGUCACUUCCACUACCAAAGAGACUUGGCCCGAUACAGUCUGGUGAAAUCAACUUGCAGCCUCAUUCAUCCACCAAAGAGAAGCAGCCAGGCCCCGUUGUCGCUCAGACAAAACCACACAAGGAUGCUCCCAAAAUGCAGCCCACUGCAGUCUCCCACAAGCAGAGCCCAGACUCGAGACCAAAUCGUUCUUCAACGGCGCCUGAAGCUUUGAGAUGUAAUCAAAAGCAAGUUAUUCAAGAAAGAGAACAGCUGGAGACGACUGACCUGGAUGAACCCCGUCCCAUAGGGGUCAACGCUCAGAGCAUUGAAGAGGCGCCCAUUUCCGAUGAUUCUGACGGGGCCACCCAGCAGGUCACGCAGUAUCAGCAAGAUGCUCAAGAUCAGGCGCAAUUUCCUGAAGAGAAAGCGAUACCUGAUCAAGUCUCUACCGCAGGUUAUCAGUCCGAGGAUGAUGUUGCGGGUUUGCCAUUUCCGAAUCACGGCGAUGGUGAAGCCAUGUGUACGGCUGAGCAGCACCACCCGCCUCCUCCAAUCACCAACUCGCAGAACCAAAUGCAUCCGCAUCUAUCGACUCAGAACCACUCAAGUAUCCAGCCGAGACAAGUUCAAAACACUCCGCCAAAUAUUGGCGUGGCUCGUUCAGUUUAUAAGUCGAAGACAUCAUCACACGGCAGACCAACUUCUGCUGCUGCGCAUUCCUCAGCCAAUGUUACCCCCAGCCAUGCGAGCACUGUUGAUGAACCCGUAACAGCCUCACGUGGGACCAGACGACAGGAAGCUCGACCCACGGUCGAUUCUGCCUUCUUGGCCCCCAGUCCCAGCGCGGCUCCAUCUCGUCGAGCGCAAAGGAAGGCCCAGCAUUUGCGCCGACCCCUGAGAAACGAGGUCGAGAGUGUAAGGGAAGAAUCAGUUCUGCGGCCAAGGUCUCGCGAGUCAAACAUUUCGAAGCAACGAGGCAUCUCCCCCAGAGAGCAUAGGAGGUUGUCUCCCGGGGCUAAACAGUCGGCCGAGAAUUUCAAAAUGCUGGGGAACUCUUGGAAUCAUUAUUUUACUUUCGAACAAGGGCGUCAAGCUAAGGUCAGCAACAGAAUUGAUAGAAUGGAGAAAGUCAUUGCCGAACAAGCAGAGUCAAUUCGGGAACUUGAGAACGACCUCGACGCUCGAGACAGUUAUGCUGACCAUUUGGAGGGCGAGAAGAACCAGCUCAUAGCAGACAUUGAAGAAAUGGAGACAAGGAUGCAAGAAUCUUCAUCCAAAAUCAAGAAGUUGGAUGAAAAAUGCCGAUCAUACAGAGAUCGUCUGAAUGAGGCUACAACAGAGCAGCAGGCCCUCUAUUUGAAGAUGAAGAAUUCCUAUCAAACUGCUCUUGCUGCGAUUCGAGAAGAAGAUCAAAGCAGGAAGAAGUCCACGGAACAUGCCUUGAAAGUGUCGGAAUCAGUCAGAGCUGAGAUUCACAGCAAGGUUACUUCUGUCGUAAAUGAAGCCCGGCAGCGAGCUGAAAAAAUGGACAGCACCAUCACAACUCUGAGUGUCCAGCUAGAGGAGCGUAACCGUGAAUUGUCUCAGGAGAAGCAGACCAUCAAAACUCUGCGAAAGGAGCUCGACGAGUCUCGACAGAUGAACACCCACAACUUGCAGACAUUGACCAGCCAGAAUGAGCAGAUUCUGAAGACGAUGCAGCAACAUCGAAGUCAUGCCGCCGAUGCUGAAAUCUCUGCCUGUAAACAAAACGAGAAUCUGGACUUGAUUGUAAAGACCCUUAACGAAGUGAAAGCCACCGCAUCUGAUCAAACAGCUGUCAUUGCCCAGAUGCGCACUCUCAAAGACGAAGGAGUGAACAGCGUCCUUGAAGAGAUCCAGAAACUGGCGUCAAGCCACUCGGCCCAUGAUGAAGACAAAAAGUUGUUGUCAGCAAAUUUGCUCUCGAUUCAUGGUAUGUGUGAAGGAAUUCAACAGCAAGUGAACGAAGGUCAGCAGGCUGCUGCUCAGUGGCAUAAUCGCUACGAAGAGGCAUUUCACCAGUUUGAGUCUUCAGAAGAAGCUAGAAAAGAAGCGGAGGAAAAGCUUGAGGAGGCCAAUGAAUGGUGUGCGGAGUAUCACACAGAGAACGAACAGUUUCGUAUGCAAGUCGAGGUCCUUGAAACCCAGGUUGCCAUACUUCAGGGCCAAAUUGGCCUUAGCGAAGCCAACAAAGCAGAAGUUUCUCGUCUGCAGCAACUGGUUACAGAAAAGACCGCGGAGUUUGCCCAGUCCGAUGAGAAAGUCCAAUCAUUGUCGGAACAACUGUUUGCCCAGAACGGACAGUUGAAUGAGAGGAAGGCUCAAAUUUCUCACCUUCAGCAGUUGUUCACAGAGAAGAAUGCAGAGUUUAUUCAAUCUGACCAGAGGGCCAAAGCGUUGGAGGAGAAAUUGCUUGCUCAGACCAAUCAGCUGAAGGAGCAAGACUCCCAGGCACGCACAGAUCGUGAGAGACUCAAGCAUGCACUUGACGACGCAGCCCAACAGCAGCGGCAGGCAAUCGAGCAAGCCGUUCUAAAUGAGAGAACACGGGUGCAGGAGGUGCAGCGAGACACAGAACAACGUCUUGCUGCAUCCGAAAAAUCGCGGUCUCAAAUGGAGCAAGAACUCGAGAAGGCCAAUGAGACUAUCGAGCAACUGUCGAUGGGUCGUGAUUCCGUCAUCGAGGAGUUAAGAAGCCUUAGAGAUGGCAUCACGCACCAGAUACAGAAGGUGAACGAACUGACCAGUGAAGUUGAAGAUGCAGGAGAGAGCCAGAACCGCUUACGAACUCAAUUGGGCGAGUUGGCUCAGGAUCGAGUCCAGAUCUCUUACCUGGAAACUAUGUUCCAGAGGAUGCAACGAGAAAACCACAGCGUUCUCGAGGCCAUCACCACGGAGAAAAAACGCCUCGCUGCGGAUAUAACUGAUGAUCAGGGCUUGACAAUAGGGUUAAGAACACCGACGAGCACGAUGAAGGGUCACACUGGAACUGAUAUCUCCUCCAGUCCUCUCAGUGAACCGCCAUCUUCUCCUUUGCUGUCGCAACAGGAGUCCCAGGUGCGAACCAGACGUGUCUCCAUGAAAUCGCCCAUGGAAGAAGAGGGUGUUCUCGCCCCCUCAAUAUUACAAGAGCGCGAAUCCAGGAGACUUGCUCAACCGCCUCGACCAAUCAUCAAGCCAACCACCCGUUCGACUGACUCGGAGAACCAAAAUUCGACGAAAGAUGCGUCACGUACUACUUCGAAAGCACAAAAUACUCCCGACUCUGUGCCAUCUCAAAGCAACACGUCCAAAUCUUCCGCAUUGACUCACAGCAGUUACAAUCGGCCUGUUCUCGGAGGCUUGGCUAGCAAUGGCGGAAACAGCGAAGUCGAAGGUCAGCGUGCGGUUCAAAGAGAUCCUCGGGCUCGUCGAGCAUCUACGAGAGAAGAAAACCAGGACAGCCAAGAAAAGCCCCCCAAGCGACAGAGGACAUCAGAAAUCAGUCAUCAAAGUGGUGCGGCCGCAGAUACGACUGCAUCAAGCAAGAUGCCCCGUUCCUCUUCUCGAUAUUUCUCUCACAAUGCCAAUGAUAACGAUUCAGAGAUUGCUGAAGAGGACAUGUCGACUGUGAAAAUGACGUCGUCUCGCCUCCCAACGGUGGGCCAGCGUGGAGGACCUCUUGAAAGACCGGCAUCUAACCUUGCUCGCACGUACGGAUCUCAGUCAUCCCAGAGUGCGACCAGUCAGGUUUCCACGGCAUCUACCAGGACUAUGCAGUCCACCGGCAGUCAGGCUUCAGAGGUUUCAGCAUCUGCCGUGAAGUCUAGCCAGAGCCAAAACCGAGCCAAGAUGGCCGAGACUGCAACUCAGAAUACAUUCAAAUUAAGCCGAAACCAAGGUACCUCGGUCAGUAGCAACCAGAGUCAACACAACAAAGCAAAGAGCCUCCAGAACACUCUGAAGUCAAGUCAGUCCCAAGGGCGAACGCUGCCUGUCAAGCACCGACGUGAGAUUGCUGCCAAAUAG